GAUCAUCAGCCAACCAUGUCAUUCAUCAAUAUCUGUCGUGACAAUACGGAUCCGUUCUACCGUUAUAAGAUGCCUGUUCUUGAGGCUAAGACGGAAGGUAGAGGUAACGGUAUCAAGACUGCCAUUCUCAAUCUUGCUGAAGUUGCCCGUGCAUUGAACAGACCACCUACUUAUAUUCUUAAAUUCUUUGGGUAUGAAUUGGGUGCUCAAACCAACAAAGUUAGUGCUGGUGACAGCAGAUUCUUAGUCAAUGGUGCCCAUGACGUUAACGAAUUACAAGAUACUCUUGAUGGAUUUAUUAACAAGUUUGUUCUUUGUGGAUCUUGUAAGAAUCCAGAAACAGAAAUUGUUCUCAAGGGUAAAGACACUUUAGAACGUGAUUGUAAGGCCUGUGGUAAGAUCACCAUGAUUGAUCCUAAACAUAAGUUGUACUCAUAUAUCGUUAAGAACCCUCCUGAAAAGAAAGGUAAGAAGUCUGCUACUGCUACUGCUAAUGUUGUUGGUGGUGGUAAAUCCAUUUCCGAUAUUGCUGCUGGACAAACUACCCAAUCCCAAGAAGACGUCAGCGGUACUCAAGAUGAUGACGAUGACUUGUUAGCCAAGAAGAUUAAUGCCGAAGCUGCCCAAUUGCAAGCUGUUGAAGUCAAGGAUGAUGAUUGGGCUGUGGAUAUGUCCGAAGAAGCUAUUGCUGCCAGAGCCAGGGAAUUAGAAGGUUUAACCUUAGCUGAAAACAAGUUCAAUGAAUUUGGUGAAUGGUUAUUGAAGGAAGCUCCAACCUCCAAGGAUGAUUUACCAUCUGAUGUUGAAAUUUAUAAAAAGAUUGUCGAAUUAGAUAUUGGAAGCAGUCACGAAACUGCCCAAGUCUUGGCUCAAGUUUUAUUCGAUGAAGAUAUAAUAGAACAAAUAGAACCUCAUUUGGGUUUAUUGUCGAAAUUAAUUGGUAACGAACAAGAUUUCGAAAAGGCUUUCUUGGGUGGAUUGGAAAGAUUCAUUGGUUUAGAAAAACCAAUUUUGAUUCCUCAAGUUCCAAAGAUUUUACAUGCAUUUUACGAUAAGGAUCUCUUGAGUGAAGAAGUGUUGAUUUCUUGGGGUAGCAAGGUCUCUAAGAAGUACGUUCCAAAGGAUGUUUCUAAAAAGGUUAGAAAAGCUGCUAAGCCAUUCAUUAAAUGGUUACAAGAAGCUGAAGAAGAAAGUGACGAAGAAUAAAUUUAGUUACAUAUUUAGUUUAGUAUUGUAUAAAUACACGUUUUUUAUAUUUCAAUUAGCUAUAUAAACACCUUCACCUUGGUGGAGGAGGAGGUGGUGGUGGCGGCAUAUUAAAUUGGAAAUUAGGCAUAUUCGGCAUAGGUGGCAUACCUGCUGGGGGCAUAGGCAUACCUGCUGGGGGCAUAGGCAUACCAGGCGGCAUUUGCAUACCUGGAGGCAUUUGCAUUCCCGGGGGCAUCAUUCCCAUAGGUGGCAUUCCCGGAGGUAACAUACCCAUUGGUGGCAUACCAGGUGGAGGUGGAGGAACACCAGGACCAGCACCACCAGAGCCCUUCAUAAUAUCAGCCAUGACCUUUUGAGGGUUGAAUUCUCCUCUCGUACUAUCUUGCUUGUGACAAUAUGCUGUCCAUGUAAAUUCGUCAAACCCGUAAUUGAAAUAAUCGGAUAUAUCCACCCCUGGAGCUCGCCAUGGUUUCUCCUUUAGUGUCUCCAAGUCUAUUGACGUGAUUGGCUUUCCUUCGUAAUCGGCCACUGCAUUGACGUCAAUCUUGGACUCUGAUUGAUCUUUGGAAACAAUUAUUGUAGUGGCUGAAUCCUUCUCGGCAUCAGUAUCAACUACUUCUGAUAUCACGUCGUUGCCGGGAACAAGACUCAGUACUUUAGGAGCAGUCUCCCCUAUUAUAAUAUCUAUAUCAUCUUCUGAAUCUUCCUCUUCUUCGUCAUCGUCCUCUUCGUCAUCGUCUUCUUCGUCAGCUUCCUUCUGUUCGGCAAUUGGCAGUGCUUGUUUGGGCUCGGUCUCUUCUUGGUCCAAUUCAGUAUCCGCAGCUAGUUUCUGCUUCUUUGAUAUAUGUCCAUCUGUUUCUUCAUCUGAGCCAUAGAGAAAGGCAUCAUCGUCGUCGUCUGAAUUAGCCAUGAUAGUGUAGCACCAAUAGUAUGUUUGCGAAUA